CAGUGAUCAACAGUUACAGCUCCCGAGAAGGCACCCGCUUGGCUAUAGGUUUAACCGUUUUCUUCACCUAUUUAUGUAUUUUAACAGACAACUACAUGGCUACGACAGGACGGAAGGACUCCUCUGAGCGGGAAAGACUUCCCUCUCCGGUGACUCGCUACGGCUCCACAGACAGCAGUGGCGAGGAUGACUAUCAAAUUAACAGUCACGACAACAACUGUAACCACAACCGGUUUGCCACAGCACCAGGAUGUCACUGGGUCCACGCUAGUGAGGAAGAGGAGGCGAUUCGCAGGAAGCUAAAAUACUUCUUUAUGAGCCCUUGUGAUAAAUAUCAUGCCAAGGGGCGCUAUCCUUUUAAACUGAUCCUGCAGCUAGCCAAAAUCUUUUUUGUCACCACUCAGUUGGUGCUGUUUGGCCUCAGUAACCAGGUGGUGGUGACCUUUAAGGAGGAGAACACUAUGACCUUCAAGCACAUCUUCCUCAAGGACUACGAUGAGUCCUCAGAUGACUCCUUUGCCGUUUACACACAGAAGGACGUCUACGACCACAUCUUCUACGCCGUGGAGCAGUGUGUUGGUGUGAACCCUAUGACGAUCCCCCAGGGUCCGCUCACAAGCAACUACAAGAACUUUACACUCAAGUUCCACAAGUUGAUUAAUGUUACCAUAGAGUUCCAGCUGAAGGCGAUAAAUAUCCAGACUAUCAUCAACAACGAGAUCCCAGACUGCUACACCUUUCAUAUAACAAUAGUUCUGGACAACAAGGCUCACAGUGGCAAGGUGAAGAUCCGGCUAGAUAACCAGGCGUCAAUAAAGGAGUGCAAAGACCCGAGCAUCUCUGGACAAGUUCAGACGUACGCACGUUUGGCAUUUGAUAUUAUUGUGGUUCUGAUCUGCAUGCUGUCGCUGGUGCUGUGCGGACGCUCCAUAAUACGAGGCAUCAUGCUGCAAUGGGAGUUUGUGCAGUUCUUUAAGACGACGCUAGAUCGUAAAGUGUGCUGGGGAGACCGGCUUGAGUUUAUUAAUGGCUGGUAUAUCCUCCUCAUCAUCAGUGACAUCUUUACAAUCACUGGCAGUUUCAUCAAAAUCGGCAUCGAGACAAAGAAUAUAUCCUCCUAUGACCUCUGUGCCAUCCUUUUGGGAACCUCCACUCUCUUAGUGUGGGUGGGAGUCAUUCGCUACCUCACAUUCUUCCAGAAGUACAAUAUCCUUAUCGUGACACUUCGAGCAGCUUUCCCCAAUGUUAUUCGGUUCUGCUGCUGUGUGGCUGUCAUCUAUCUGGGCUACUGCUUCUGUGGCUGGAUCGUCCUGGGACCAUACCAUGUCAAGUUCCGCUCUCUGUCCAUGGUGUCCGAGUGUCUGUUCUCCCUCAUUAACGGCGAUGACAUGUUCGUGACGUUCGCAGAGAUGCAGGAGACCAGUCCUCUAGUGUGGCUGUUUAGCCAGGUUUACCUGUACACCUUCAUCUCCCUCUUCAUCUACAUGGUGCUGUCUCUGUUCAUCGCUCUCAUCACAGGAGCGUACGAGACCAUCAAGCAUCAAACCCAAGAACCAAUCCACAUAACAGAUCUGCACGCCUUUAUAGCAGAGUGCACAGAUGCACCAAAUUCUGGGAAGUUCAGAGGUUUGGAGACUUCACCUUGCUCCUUCUUCUGCUGCUGUGACAGAACAACCACAUAUGAAGAUGUCCUGCUGGUGAACUGAAGUCAACCUCACCAAUCUCUGAAACCUCACUAGCCUCCCCUGCUGACCAAUAGGGCACACUGCAUCCACCCAACACCCGUUGUCUCCGUGUAUCUGGGUCAAACCAAACGACUGUUCCAAAGUGGGAGUUGCGAUUGGCUGGAACUGCGCUCUGCAGAGGAAACGUGGAACAGCAGCCGUCUUCUUGGACCUGUAGCUUUAUGAAGAAGCAGCUGUUGGCUGAUGAAGAGCCUCUGUAUAAACAGCAGCAUCGAAGAAGGCUAUUGCACAGACAUUUCUCUUGGUUCUAGUGUGUUUUUUGAAACAUUAUUCAGUAUUUUUAAUAUAUCUGGUGUAUUUUAUACUCACCCAGACUAGGAACUCUUUUGGUGCUUUCUAUGUUUUGUUUUUUGUUUGUUUGUUUUACUUUUGAAGUAUUUCAAAUCGGUUGGCUCCUGAGGACGAGACUCUUAAAAUUAGAUAUUUAUAUCAUAUUCGGCAACAUUUUAUUGUACAGAACCCAUUUUAAAAAUUUAAAUAAUCUAAUAUCUCUUAAAUGCCUCUUUAUAGCCAAAGCUAAUUUGCUAGCUGGAGAAUCAUGACAUGACAUUUAAACAGAACAGGACAAAAAAUCCCCCAUGUGAUUGUUUUUACAGAGUUCCAAAACAUAUCAGGAAACGGGACCACAGAUAGGCGUAUGGCGUGGAAUUGAUUCAUUUUCUUUGUGAACUGCACAUUUAUUAUAAAGUUUCGACCAGUGUCAUUAGCGGCGGCUCUGCUGCAUCAUGUUGCCUUCAAAUGUAGAUCCCAGUUUAUUUCAUUUUUAUUGCUUUGUUUUCUUUCAGUAAUGAUCAGGGUAAUGGGACGCAAUCGUUCACUAACAAAGCACUUAGCUUUUGCCUGACCUUGGCUGCAGUUUCUUCUUCAGACCCACAUUUUUUUUAAUGAAGCUGAAGUAUUAAAAAGAAACUCGGUGUAUCAAAGCCAAAAGUGCUGCACCCCUGUUUGUAGACUGCGUUGAUGACCAUUAGCAAACUGGAUCUGACUUAUUUUAAGCACAAUAAGUAGUUCUAAGUAAAGCGGAGUCUGGUUUGGGAGAGAUGACAAGAAGGAAAACAACAGAUUGUCCUGUUUUAGUGGCUUGCUCUGCUUUUUUUUGUUGUUUGUUGUCUUCAUAAUGAUGUCUCUAACUGCUGCCUACUGACUUGAUCUUUAGUAGAAACUUGAAUAAUGUAUGUUUGUUUGUCUUUUUAUCGCAAAAAAACGCACAAUAGUUUAAGGAGUUUUUCAGUCUGGACUCCAAAUACCAUUUAGAGAGAGGAGCUUUGGGUCAGGGAGGAGUAGGUAAAUGAAGUAUAAGAUGUUUUUUCAGCCUUUUCAUUUUCUGCCUGAAACACCAGCAGAGUAAAUUGUAAGCUAAAUAUACAGAUGGACUUUGGAUUUCCAUGGACAACAUGUCUAAAUUAUACAUAACUUUAAAUGUUGUAUCUUGUGUUUCCCUGGAGGGUUUU